AUGUACCCCAAAGUUUCUGUGAUUGCCGAGGCGUAUUCCCCCAGUUCGACGGAGUCGGUGAGUUUCCUCGUGGACGACCAGAUUUUGGCCUCCAAACGCUCGAGAUCGGAGCGCUCGACGGGGUGGCGGGCGGCGAACGGCGCAAUCGGCGGUGGCGGACAACAAACCGACGGGGUGUGGUGUGAGGUUUGUUUUCUGUGCUUGUGCGUGCCUUCUGUGCGUGACCGAUAUUGUGUGACAGCUGCGGCAGAUGUGAGGUGGUGUGCAGCGAUGGCGGAAGGAGGCGGCGCCGGCGGUCUGACGGUGGGAGCGGCAGGUGGCGACGAAGCUAUCUGUAGCAACAAAAUGUACGGAUUCGAAGCGCUGACCUUCAACAUCCAUGGCGGUUACCUGGAGGCCAUCGUGCGAGGAUACCGUUCGGGGCUCUUAACCGCCGCCGAUUAUAACAACCUCUGCCAGUGCGAGACCCUUGACGACAUCAAAAUGCACCUCUCCGCCACCGAGUACGGACCUUACCUCCAAAACGAACCCUCUCCAUUGCAUACUACAACAAUUGUGGAGAAGUGCACUCUUAAACUAGUGGAUGAGUACAAGCACAUGUUAGCCCAAGCAACAGAGCCUCUAUCUACCUUUCUAGAGUAUAUUACAUAUGGUCACAUGAUUGACAACGUAGUCCUUAUUGUAACUGGAACACUGCAUGAGAGAGAUGUCCAGGAGUUAUUGGAGAAAUGCCAUCCUUUAGGAAUGUUUGACAGCAUUGCAACUCUAGCUGUUGCUCAGAAUAUGAGGGAGCUUUACAGACUGGUGCUUGUUGACACACCCUUAGCACCAUACUUUUCCGAGUGCAUCACUUCAGAGGACCUGGACGACAUGAACAUUGAAAUUAUGAGGAAUACACUCUAUAAGGCAUACCUUGAGGAUUUUUACAAAUUUUGCCAGAAACUUGGCGGCGCCACUGCUGAAAUUAUGUCUGACCUCCUUGCCUUUGAGGCUGACAGAAGGGCAGUUAACAUCACAAUAAACAGCAUUGGCACCGAGCUUACUCGAGAUGAUCGCAGGAAGUUGUAUUCUAAGUUUGGCUUACUAUAUCCUUAUGGUCAUGAAGAGCUUGCUGUCUGUGAGGAUAUAGAUCAGGUUCGGGCUGCCAUGGAGAAGUAUCCUCCUUAUCAGACCAUAUUCUCUAAGUUGUCCUAUGGUGAGAGUCAGAUGCUGGACAAGGCCUUUUACGAAGAGGAAGUAAAACGCCUUUGCUUAGCGUUUGAGCAACAGUUUCACUAUGGUGUGUUCUUUGCAUAUAUGAGGUUGAGAGAGCAGGAGAUUAGGAAUUUGAUGUGGAUAUCGGAAUGUGUUGCACAAAACCAGAAGUCCAGAGUGCACGACAGUGUCGUUUCUAUAUUUUAG